AUGACGUCGAGUAGUUACAAGGACGACGUUGAACACAGUAGAGCCAAUCGGUACUCUAGUCUGUACCAUGAUUGGUUCAUGAUUGGUGUAGGAUGUUUUACAUACUUUUUGGUUGGUCUAUCACUUACUCUGGUUUAUGUACUAUGUGAGUUGGAUUAUUUUAUGUUAUCUGGUUUAUUUCGUAUUCAGAGAUUCUUUUCAGAUGAUGCAUAUUACUUCAGUAAACAGCUAACAUUAAUGUAUGGUGUUAUUGGAUUCACCCUUACAUUACUUAUUGGACCAAUUGGUAAAGUCGCGUGUAUAUUGUGGUCUUGGGUACUAACACUGACAUAUCUUGUGAUUGGAACAUACUCGUACUUGAUUGGAUUUACACAGUACGGGAAGCUCUUAAUUAGAUCAAUGAGCAUCAUAUCACUCAUAACACACAUCCUUAUGUGUAACUUCAUAUUCUUCCUAUUUGAUCCAAUGCAAAGUGGUCAUACCAAGACUAAUGAAAGUGUCUCAUCAGACCAUAACGGCAAACACUCUUCAGUUAUUGGUCCAUACGGAUCACUUGUAUACUAUAGGGUAAUAUUGUUUCUCGUCGGAUUUUUUCUCGGAUCACCAAUUGUCUCAUUUGUCCUGAGGAUGAGUCUGUCGGUUACUACAUUCUCUGAAAAGGACCCAGUAAUGUCUUCAGUUGAUUUGUGCAGAAUAAUGAUGCUGAUGUUCUCAAUAACCGUCACGGCCAGUACAUUCCUGACGCUCACGUUCUCAAAUGGCCUAAGUCCAAAAACAGAUCACAUUUGGUUUCCAUUCCGAAUGAUAUCUUACAGGACAUUUAAGAAGACAAUGUUUAACUUCUUUGACCUAGAGUUGCUACUUGUGGUAUGGAUCGUCAAUCCUCUCAUCAUGACUCUAAUUCCAUACACAACUAGGAUCCACUUCGAGUUUCACAAAUUCUCACUAGUUCACAGGUUAUUGUUCUCAAUGUUUAUGAUUGGGAUAAUGGUACUCAUGCAUAGAGAUAUACUCUACAGCUGUAUCAGUACCAUUAAACUAAUUAAUGCAUCUAUAUUCAACAUACUGUAUACUGAUGGAUACACACAGAUAUAUGAUGAACAUCUUAGGAAGGAACCAGUAUCAACAACUCCAUAUUCUAACUACACUGUGAGAACUUCUGAAAGUGAUUCAACACCUAUGGUAGUUCCUAAUGAGAUUUCAAUUCCUUCAGUUGUGUCAUAUCCAUAUCUUGAGAAUGGCUGGGAUGAUGUUGAAAAUGAAGAUAAAAAACUCUUAUUGAGGUCAUUCAGCAUACUUCAAUCACUUCAAAGACUAACACACUACAUUAAUACUGGAGGUGAUAUGUAUAUCCAUAACAUCUUCUGUGACCCAGAACUAUCACUGUGUAAACCACCCAUAGAUAAGUCUGAAGAUCUAUCAGAGACCAAUCCUGAUGACCCAAUGAAAACCACAGUCUUUCUACUGAAUGAGUACAGAAGUGAGCUGUUGUCAAUGGUUGGUAGUACAAUCAAUAGAUACAAACUUGAGAAGAAUUCUUUUGUAUAUGAUAUUAAUUAUUUUUACUACUUUUCUUCCGUUCAAAUUGAUGGUUCUGAUUUGGAAUAUUUUAAUUCGGUUUUUUCAAAUAUUAAACAAUUUAAUGCUUCAAUACGACCUAUUGCAGAUCCAACAUCAGCUUAUUUGAUCAAAUUUGUUCUGAAAUUUGUAAAAUUGAAGAAACGCUAA